AUGGCACCAACGGUACCGCCCCUCUCCCAAGGCCUUAGGACAGCAGCUCAAAAUGUGCUCCAUAGUUCCCCUCUUCUGGCAGAGUUGACAGGCAGUUGUGUGCUCCCACUCCCAGGCCCCCUGCUUGCCCAUGCCCACCAUCCUGCUGAGGCGAAUUUCCUCCUCUUCUGCCCGCACCUCCUCCUGGAUCAGCCUUCACCUCACCUUUCCCCUGACAUUGCUAUGAAGCUGUCAGUGUUGUUGCUGCAGACCCUGCUUGCUCUGUCCUCUGCCAGUCUGCAGGACAUCUUGAAGAAGAGCUCACAGACCACAGAAGUUCCUUUACGGGACCCAGAUCUAGGGAACAAGAUUCCGCAAAUCACCGCCAAUGGAUCAAUGUUGGCUCUUCUAACUCCUGCUGAGAAGAGGCUGAGUCGAUCCUCCUAUAUCUUUAGUGGCUCCACCCUGGAAUGGCAGACCUGGCGUGGCUCUCUCCCCUCCGGUGCUGUUUAUAUUUACAACGACUAUGCGAGUCGCUAUGAAUAUGUCUGUAAAUAUGGGUGUGAGGCUGGCUUCUACAAUCCUGGCAUGGGUAGCUAUUGCCGCUACCCCUAUGCAAGGCUAGAAUAUCUCACGUCCUCAUUUGAGAUCCUGGUGAACAGAGAGAACUUUGAGAUCCUGGAGUGGAGGGAUGAUUCCUAUGGUUCAGUGCCCCAUAAUUCAGCCAGAACUUGCUAUUCUACAACUCAGACCAAAUAUGUAGGAAAGAAUGUGUAUGGUCUGGGGAAGGUACAUGCUGAGCAUAGCUGCUUCUACCUGCCUUGGGAGGGUAAAGAGUAUUGGUACGAGCACUACCAGGUCCUGACCAUCAACAAAAAUAUACACAGUGAGCACAUGUCAAAUGUCAAAUACAACACCAAUGUUGAAACCGUUGCACUUCCUCCAGAGGUCAUGACCAAGUCCACCAUAACAAACAAUGCUUGCAGCCCAGUUGUGAAAACAGUUGUGCUCUCAGGAACAUAUCAGGAAGAGAAAAGGUGGGACACCAGCAUUGCCACCACAAUCGGUGUCAGCAGUACCAUCACCGCCCAAAUCCCAUUCAUCAGCGCAAGUAUAGGGUUCAGUGCUGAGACAACAGAGGAAUUCUCCAGUGGAACCACCGUGGUGGAGUCAAAAACCCGCUCUGUCUCUGUGGAGCUAACUGUCCCUCCAAACCACUCCUGCAGUGUCAGUAUGCUGGGACUUAAGCACAAAGCAGACAUCCCAUUCUCAGCUCGACUUACCCGCACCUACAGGGACGGGAGAACCAAAUCGGCGGACGUCACUGGGGUGUUCUAUGGUGUCAACGUUGGAGAAGUUCGGUCUGUUGUGGAUCGCUGUGAACCUGUACCCAAUGCUCAGCCCUGCAGCCCUGUAAGAGAAAUGGAGGAGACAUCUUAA